AUGUUCCGUUUGAAUCUUCGAAGAUUCAACUCAUGGUUCAAGUACCCAGUUGAAAGCGGUAUUAUAUCUCGCUUGUGUUGUUCUCCAGCAAGAACAAUAGCUUCUUCGCAAAGUGCUCCUCCACGACAGUCUCCUUUGGAAUACGUGAAAGUAGAUCCCUUACAAAUUAUUGAAGAAGAUGAAGUGUUUUACUCCAGAUACCAGGUAGUUUCGAAGCUUGGAUAUGGCACUUCUUCCACGGUCUUUGGAUACAGAUUCCUGAUAUAUUAUAGAGAACAAUGCUACAAUACGCUUAAAGUAUGUGUUAGAGGGCAAAGACCUGAUCGGGAAGUCGCGAUUUUGGAACAUCUAAAGGAAUCCAGCGAUGUUCACAGGAAAAGAUUGGUCCGCCUCGUCCUCGACUCCUUUGAGAUUGUUGGCCCGCGUGGGAAACAUGUCUGCCUGAUUUACCAGCCACUUGGCAUGAGUUUUUCUAAGUUCCAAGAUUUGCUUCCCAACAAGAAGUUUCCAAAGGACCUCAGUCAAAGGAGUAUUCAGCUCACUUUGAUAGCAUUAGCCUUCAUACACGAAAACAAUGUUGUUCAUACUGAUAUCUCACCGAACAACAUACUCCAAGGGAUAGAGGAUACCUCUAUUUUAUCGAGAAUGGAACAAGACGAAGUAAUUCGACCAAUAACUAGAAAGAUUCUAGCAGACCGGAUUAUCUAUUACUCCCGCCCAAUGCCUCUUUGCACGGGAUCACCUGUACUCUCUGAUCUAGGAAAGGCCAGGUUAGGAGUUGGAAAACACAGCGGCAAUAUCAUGCCCGGUAUUUAUCACGCACCAGAAUCAAUUUGGGAUCUAGUGGAAGGCCAUCACCUGUUUUUCACAAAGCAAAACGGUUCUCUUAGUGAUGAGCAGCAUCUAGCUGAAAUAGUUUCUCUCAUGGGUCCCCCUCCUCCGGAAUUUUUAAAAAGGAAUCAAAAGUGUUCUACGUGCAUUCCCAAGCAGUCUUUCAAGAAUAGAGAGCUGCGAUUUUCUGGCCAAGACAAAAUACUUUUCCUCGAAUUCUUGCGCAGAAUUUUUCGAUGGCUACCAGAUGAGCGGCCGACUGCGGAGGAGCUGGUCUAUGACGCUUUCCUGAUACAGCCGAUAGUAGCAUCAGAAGGAUGA